UUUCUUAUAUUCCAUUUCUCUUCUUCUUCAUUUAGGAUUCAACGAUUCUCUUCCCUUUCAUGACCACGAGUAUGUCUCGUAGCUGCUCUCACUGUGGAAACAACGGCCACAACUCUCGUACGUGCGGUGAAGUUGUUGCCGGUGAUGCAAGCAAUGGCAGCGGUGGAAGUGGAGGAGGGGAAGAGAAGGGUAUCAUGUUAUUCGGUGUUCGAGUCAUGGAAGGGUCGUUCAGGAAAAGUGUUAGCAUGAAUAAUCUUUCUCAGUUCGAUCAACCUCAGGUUUCUAACGCCGAUGCUGGCUAUGCUUCUGAUGACGUUCUUCAUGGAUCUGGAAUAGGAAGAAGCCGUGAACGCAAGAGAGGUGUACCAUGGACGGAAGAGGAACAUAAACUAUUUUUAUUGGGGUUGCAAAAAGUAGGGAAAGGGGAUUGGAGAGGAAUUUCAAGAAAUUUUGUGAAGACACGUACACCGAUCCAAGUGGCUAGUCACGCUCAAAAGUAUUUUCUUAGGCGAAAUAACUUGAAUCGGAGGCGUCGCAGAUCUAGUCUUUUUGAUAUAACAACUGAUUCGUUCAUAAAUUCGACCAUAUUGGAAGAAGAUGAAGUCGCCCAUCAAGAAAACGUUUCGUCACCACAGAUGAAUGGAUUUUCUAUGCCGACAACGUUUCCGGCAACUCUAAGUUUGACUGAUUUAUCAGUAACAGAAAAUAAUAACUCGAAGGAGAAUCUCAUAUCAAGGCCGCCGAGCCCCAAAGCGAACACCUCUUCUUAUGUUAUCUGUCCAAUACCGGUUCUUCCCGCUCCUCCAUCAUCGAAAAUGGCUGAUCUUAAUUUAAACCAGAAAGCCGAAGAAGACCGUUUACCUCUAUCGCUAAAACUCUCGACACCAUCCGCCGAUGAGCAAUCAACAGCAGCGGCACACUCGUCUACUCUCGUUGUCAUGUCAAAUGGGGAUAACAAUAGCAUCAUCAGCGUUGCUUGAAAAUUAAAUGAAGUAAAUAAUUAGGUGAAAAAAUUAUUGGAGUAUUUGGUAAUUAGGUGAAAUUCCUUGUUUUGUACAGCAUAAUUAUUACUGAGAUUGCAUUAGAGUGAAAAAAAAUUAUUAGACUGUUGGGUAACUAGGUGAAAUUCCUUGUUUUGCACAUCAUAAUUAGUGCAGCAGGAGUCUAAAUUAAAGAAAAGUGGGGUUGUCUUCUCUUUAAUUUUGUGGGUUGUAUGUAAAUUUGAUCAUGGUCGGUAUAAAAUUUUAGGUCUAUUUUUUA